AACACAUUACAGAAGAUUACGUAGCAUCGUUCUAUAACAGUUGUUAAAUUGCAUUACGUAAAACUUAGGUUUAAUACACUUGUAUAUCCAAAACUUUCAUGGUUAUGCCAAUAAUAUCCAAAUUUCCCGAAAUACCACUUAUAUCCAUGUUUGAAAGUUGUUCUUUGCCAAAUCUAUCCAUUUAAGUUAAAUACUUUGACGGCGUAAACAACUCCGUCAACAUAGCUUACGGCAAGCUGACUGGGCGUCAACUAAGCAGACACGUAAGCGCCAACUAUGCCAAAGGUGACACAUAAGAAAUUUAAAAUAAUUUAAAAUAAUUUCCACAAUUUUGAAAUUAGGGUUCUUCCCCAAAACGUUGAUCGAGUAAACGCUGGGCAAUCACAACACCCGGCCUUCAUCAAAUGCACGCUCAGAUCACGAACAUAUUAGGCAUCUUCAAUCCAUUACCGUCACGCUCAGAUCCAGCUCCGGUGCCGCACUUCCAUUCUCACCGCCGGCGUUGGCCAGGAGCUUGAAGUUGAAGUCCGACCCCGCGUCGCCGACUCUGUACUAAUCACGUCCGGGAACUGAGGUUCCGGCAGGUGAGCAACUGGGGUGCGAAGCUCAGUGACGCUAUGAAUGGUUGGUUUGGAUGGCGAAGAGCUAGCUUCCGAUGAAGAUGAGCUCAGACAGAAGAGAGUAAUGGAGGAGAAUCGGGACUGGAGGAGAAUCGCCAGUACACAAAGCUCAGUCUCCGCAUCAAUCGUCACUCAAUCCCACCUUAAAUCGCGCACAGUCCCUGAAACAUCUGAGUCUUCUUCUCACAAGCCCAGUUUUGAGGUGAGAUUGAGACCCGAGAGAGACAACGUCGGCGAGAUUGAAGAUGCAGGUCUAGGCUUUUGGAGGUCUCCGUCGCUUUGGGAGUAACAGAGUCUCCCCAAAGCUCCUGCAUCGUCGUCAGGAAAUGGUAGUGGCUUACUGGCUUCAUCAUCGUCGUCGCUGCAGUACUAAUUAACCCACAACCGCCGCGACCGCGGCUCCUUCUCCGCCGCUGAGAAUGUCUUCUUUGACAGCGAUUUCCAUAUCUAGGAACUGCCCACCAACACCCACAUCAAGGCCAACAUAGUGGCUUCAUGUCCUUCUUGAAUCAAAUCGACACAAAACCCACUCACAUCCCCAUUUGUUCAACAAAGGAGAAGAAGAUAGCUAGUGCUUAAUGGUGCUCGAUUCCAGAACAGGGAAAAGAAUACCCUUUGUCGAGUCCCUGCUAGUGGUUUCUCGAGUCCUUGUUGUAGUGGAAGAACAAGGAUAGGCCAACAUCGGACUCGAAAUCGCAAAGCCUCUCUCUAGGCGAAGGAAUGGUGGUGUUUUGGGUUCGACGAGGCGGAGAAGCGACGGCGACGGAUGGUUGAGCUAAGUAAUCACACAGGGAAGGAGGGAGUGUGCGAUUGGUGGGGACCUUUCGUCUCCUUUUUUAUUUUAUUUUUUAUUUUUUAUUUUUUAAACUUAAUCCACCGUGGAAUUGUUGCUGGUGAAACUCGCCAACUCAGCAUUUUCGUUUGUCCAGACAGCUUAUUAGCUUACACCGUUAAAGAAUUCGACAGAAGUGGCUAUAAGUGGUAUUUCGGAAAAUUUGGAUAUUAUUGGCACAACUAUGAAAGUUUUGGAUAUACAAGUGUAUUUAACCUAAAACUUAUGAAGGUUGAUGAAAAAGUUAUUUCUUACGUAUUAAAUAAACAACCAUGUUAUUUAAACCUUCCGUAAUAAUUAAGACACUACGUAAAACAUAUACAAAAGCAGCUUACCCAAAUUAUUUUUGGGAAUAAGUUUAUUAUUUCAACUUGGAUAAAAUUUUAUUAAUAAAAUAAUUAGUUUAUUACCACUAAAAAUAUAGUUAUAAUACUUUGCAAAAGAAAAGUCACCACAUGAUAGCCAACAAUUAUAACUAUUAAGUGAACCGUGUAUUGCAAAUCAAAUUGGUACAUAACAUUAUUUCAUUAUUGCCUAGUUUUCUGUACUUAAAAGACUGGCAGGGUUGUGUUGGGAAAUGGCAGAUUUCAGCCACCUGCUCAAGAACAAGGGCAUACCAUUACCAUAUCAGCGGCUUGCCCAUUUGUAACAGACGAAGUAUUUGUUGGUCCACAGUAGACAUGUGUCGAGCUGGCUAUGACGAAAUGGGCAAAAUAACCAGUCAGAAUUAUUGGUACUGUCGAAAGGAAAGGAAGCAAUUUCUGAAGUUGGAGGAAGUUUCACUCACCACAGUAGUGCAAUUAGAGAAUAGAAAUGCAACCUUACAUCCUGGUAGAACCUGAUGCAUGCUUGUUGUUGGCAUAAAUAUGAUGUAUGGAGUUAGACAUAAAGGACAUUUACAGAGAAGCCUAGAUUGUGUUGUCAAUUUUGAUGGUAGUUUGUUGUUCACAGGAUGAAAGAAGAUGAUGUUAGCAAACUACAGUCAACAGUUGUACUAGGAGAAGGAAAAAAUUAUUGACACAGGUUCCAAUCUUGGCUUCGUUACAUUUCAGAACACUAAUAAUCUGCUUCUGCUGCGAAGUCUCUGGAGUAGAAGGCAGGAGAUUGUGAUCACAAUCUUGAGCAGAUGGAUUCCUGUCAGGUUCUAGAAAGGAGAAUAGAUCUGCUAUGUGGCUGUGGUCCCGGUGGUUAUGCUUUUGCAGCAACUGUCUCACUGUUUUCUGAGCAAUAUGAUGCUUGUGCCCAGUGCUUAACCUCUUAGUCUUCUCCCUGCAUGAAUCCAAUAUUUUGCCAGCCGAGAGAUCAAGAGAUCCAAUAGGAGAAUAUGAUUUUUUGGCCCUCGAUCGACGACGCGGAGAUUGAGGUGGAGUUGCGUUGUCAGAGUGUACUUUGUCAAAGCAAUCCUGUGCAGAAUUUCCAGGCACCUACAAUCAAUCUCAGGGUACACUUUGACAAGCUCAGAGUUUAAAAUUAAAGAAGAUGCAUGUUAAUGCCACCGGCGUAGAACAAUGAACCGGAAAGUGUUAGGCUCCAACAACAGAACUUACAAAUUUGAAAAUGGUAACUUCAUUUCACAGCUAAUUGGCUUUGGCCGAAGCAACUUAUUUCCCUCAACACAACUUCAUAAGUCUAUCUAUUGAGCCACUAGUUAAAAUGACUAAUCAUCAAAUAAGUGCAACUGGAAGUGCCCAUCUUCCAGAACCCUUAAUUCUUGCUAACUGAUACCCUCCACAUAUGUAACAUUUUUUCUUCCGAGGUAGUUAAAGCAGUUGACUUGAAGGAAAACCAGAUCAUAGGGAAGAGUAGGGCAAUGGGAAAUUAACCACUCUUUCAACAAUGGCAAAACUUCAAGAACACAAACCAAUCAAUAUGUACUAAUAAGAAAGGUGAGUGUAAGCUAAAAAUACCAGCUUUGCAACUUUCUUCCAGAAAUAAGGGGUCUGGCUUCUCUGAAAAAGAAGCCCUUUGUAAACCCAAUUCCUGAUCUCCCUUGUCCAUCCGUUAACACAUUAGCCCCUUCUGUUGUCUUUGUCCUUGCCGUUCCUCUUCCUCUGCAAAAUGAGAAGCUUGGGGGUUGCUGCCAUUGCGACUGUGAUCCUCCAUCCUCUGAUUUGGUAUCGCUAUCAUCAUUCUCUUUCUCCUUUCCCCACUUGCCACCUCGUCGAGUAGAAUCUGGCUGAUAUUAUUGUUAUUUGUUGCUUUAGUUAUCAUUUAACAUUCAUAAGAGAUAGUUUCAGACCACCACUUUUUACUUCAGCACCAAGUUUAUUUUUUCGGUUUCUUAAACCAAGGAACUUCGCAUUCUGUUCGACAUUUCCAACUAGAAGGAUGCAAAGCAAGGGGACACCAUAGGGGGAAGGCGAUUCACACUUCCUCUGGAUUGGGAUCGUCGGUAUCAGCAGAGUGUUGGGAUUUUAAAGGUGUGAAUGAGAAUGAAAGGGAAAGAAGCCAAUAGUUGGUGAGUUAUUGGUUAAACCAAGUUGAACCGAAUCGGACCGGACCGAUGUGGCGGUUGGAAUGAACCAACCGGUCCAACAACUAUGGCGAACCGAUGCAAUGGUUGGGGUGUAACCACCCACUUGAAGGGUCACAUCCCUUCACUCGCACCCCUUCAUUGUCUAUAAAUAAACACCGACCCCCUUCUGUUUUCCACACAAGUGAGUUUUCCCAAGAAAUUUUUUUGGCCAAA